AUGAAGAUAGACAAGUCUGAAGAGUUCGUCUACGACUCCGAAAGUGGAUCUGAAUACGAGCAUGAGCAGUAUCAACCACCCAAGCAUUUUGAAAAAGCAACUCUUCCAGCUUCCUCUGCUUCUGUCGAAGGAAAAGAGAUCUGGUUGAUCAAAACACCUAAGGGUUUCCCAAUUUCCAAGCUCAAAACGCUUCCUGUAUCAUUCACCGCCUCGAAGGUCAGUAAUGAGGGUAUUGCCAAGGUCGAUGUCGAAGGCCACCAAUUCCAGGUAAACGAAGACCUCUUUGCGUCAGAAACGGCCAAAUACACCGUUCUCCGAAAGGAUUUGAUCAACAAACGCUUCGACAGAUUCUACACCAUCCGGGAGGUGGUGGACCUCCCUGCCAUUGAUUACAAAGUUGCAAUCAAGGAGCGUGAGGAUGUAGAGAAGAUCCCAAACCUUCGUAUGAGACACUUCCCUUCUGGAUACUCUGCUCGUGAUUAUGACGAAGCUAAGGUUUUGGAGUCUCGCCUUGACGAAGAUGGCAAAGUCAUCAAGAAGGUAAAGGUGGAGAUGGACAAGAAGGACAAGAAGGACAAGAAAGACAAGAAGGAGAAGAAGGAAAAGAAGGACAAAAAGGAUAAGAAAGAUAAGAAAGAGAAGAAGGAAAAGAAGGAGAAAAAAUCGAAGAAAGACUAA